GAAACACAAAAAUACUGCGGCGUUUUCCGUGAGGUUCCGUGAGAUUGGACUUUGCAGGACCUGCAGUAUCCUUCCUUGUUGUACUGCCUUCGCUAGUAAACCCCCCCUCCGGGAAAAUGUGCUCCCACUAGUGCCGUGAUUUUCCCGUUACGCAAGCACGUGAACGGAAAACGUGGUGUUGUCGGUCAUAAAGGAAGGGUGGCCACCCCUUCAGUGAUACCGUCGGGUGGAGAAGAUAACAAACGCAGUCGCCGGUCGACAUGCAUUCGUUUUUGGAAUACCUCAAGAGCCCGGAGCUGGUGGUGAAGGUGCAGGAGUUUUUCGGAAUCGUUUACGAGCGGAACCAACACAAGAAGGCAACAUCGAUCUCGAACGGAGGAACGGCCGGAUCGUCGUCGCCACGAAAUGGUACCACAAAAAAAGGGUCGAUGGCUAACGGUAACUCGCCCUCCGUGACUCACACCGCCACCGACAAGAAGAUCGAUGACAAUGAUAAUGCUUAUCGUGUGACGAAUUACUUCUGGUAUGUGCUGUUUAUCGUCGGCACCGAGCUGGGGGACGAGAUCUUCUACGCCACGUUCAUCCCUUUUUGGUUCUGGAACAUCGACAGUGCGGUCGGCCGGCGCGUUGUCAUGGUUUGGUCAGCGAUUAUGUAUGUCGGCCAAAGUCUUAAGGACGUUAUCCGGUGGCCACGGCCAUCGUAUCCGGUGACGAGAUUACAGAAAAAAUGGGGCCUUGAGUACGGAAUGCCCUCGACGCAUGCGAUGGUCGCAGUAGCCAUACCGUUUUCCGUGCUAAUCUAUACCUAUAACCGGUACAUCUACUCGCUACCGAUCGGGUUGGCCAUUGCCCUGGUAUGGUGUACGGUCAUCUGUGUCAGCCGCGUGUACCUUGGAAUGCACAGCGUUCUGGACAUUAUCGCUGGAUUAGUGCUGGUCAUUUUGCUUAUGAUACCCCUGAUACCGUUGGUGGAUCGAUUGGAUACCAUUAUCGUCACCUCUCGCUGGUCUCCCUUGCUGGUGCUGACCAUAUCCAUACUGUUGAUUGUGUUUUAUCCCGAUUCCGGUAAAUGGACACCAACGAGGGGAGACACAGCACUGACUGUGAGCGUUUGUGCUGGUAUCGAGAUUGGUGCCUGGUUGCAUUAUCAUUUGGGCGAGUUCCAGCAACCGGCACAUCCACCUCCUUUCGAAAUCAUCUGGCCUUCUUACAAUCAACUCGGACUGCUGCUGCUCCGUACUGUACUCGGUCUUUGUUGUAUCGUCGCUUCGCGUGCCUUUGCCAAAUCGGUAUCGUACGCGUUCGUUUGUUUUUUGCUUGGCGCAGAGAAAAAUGAGCUCCGGCAGUCAGAGAAUACGCUCGAGAAUAAGAACAAAAUCAUCGUUGAGCUAUCGUACAAACUGUUCACGUACGGUGUGAUCGGUUUCAACACGCAGUAUCUACUGCCGAGUGUGUUCAAGCUGCUCAACAUUGGCCGACCUGAUUUUUACACCGAAAUCUAGUGCCAGUUAGAUUCUGCACCGACUUCUCUUUCGCUCACCGAAGAGAUCUGAUUGAGCAAUCGCUUAAAGCACACCCCGUACAUUCCAUCCAUCACACUGUUCCGCGCGCCGGUGCGCCUAUUGUAGUUUGUAAGAAAGCAUUAUCACUAUUCUCUUCCAGCCGGCAAUCGCAAUCCGAUACCAACGGGACGGUACCGAUUUUGCAAAGUGGCUAUCGAAACAAAUCAACUUUUUUCCUUCUCCACUAGCUUAUGAU